AUGUACCUAUCAACUAGUGACGAAGUGAAUGGUGUUGAUAUUGACGAUAAUUCACAAAUACAACAAGGAAAUACUACUACUACUACUCCUCCACCUGUUUCUUCUAAUCCAUCACAAUCAUCGUCUCCUUCCUAUUCUACUUUACUUGUCAUAGACGAUAAUUCAAAUUCUAACGAUUCAUCGUUAAAGACAAUUGACAUUCCAACUGAUUUUGUAUCUUCUAAUGCUCAAAUUCAAAUAACAUCUCCUCCGUCCUUGCCUAAUCUUGAUUCCCCCAAUGAUACACCUGCACAACAACGUCGUAGAAAUUCUUCUAUUGCAAAAUUACUCGGUGGUCAACCAUUAAAUAAUGAGCAAUAUAAAGUUAUAAAUCAACAAAUACUUGAAGAUCAAUCUGCUCAGAAUGUACCUAGCAGUGGUGAGCCUGUGAUUGAUGGUGAAAUUCAUAGGUCACGUAGUUCUAUUACAAGAAGUUUAUUAAUGAAUGCUGUUUUAGAACAAAGUAAGAUUUCAACGACCCAAAUUACAAAAACACGACCAAUAUCACCUAGUUAUUCAAAAGAUGUUGAAUAUCUAAUACGUCGUGAACUUGUAUAUAAACAUGAUACAGCGACACUUCGAAGAGAUAGUUCAACACCAAGUGUUUUUCAGAGUCUCAGUAGUAUUCGUAAUUCACCUACUGCUAAUUCUCAGCCAGCUUCAAAUUCAAAUUCAAAAUUAAAACGAAAAAGAACCCAUCAAAAACAACUAGAACCACUACCAACAACUAACAAACCUUUGAAUGUCGCUCCAUUUACUCUACGUGAUCCAUUUGAAAUUGAUUCUUCGGGAUCAUCCUUAGCUGCACCGAUAAAUUCAACACCUAAUCAUCGUAUACAUCAUCAAAAUGAUUUAUAUCAUUACGAUGUUACACAUCGUCAUCAAAAUCAUCCGUCACUACUACCAUCAUCGCAACAACAAUAUGCAUUAUCAAUGAAUAAUUCAACACCAUUCAAUUAUCAGAAAUUAAAUGCACCAGUCUAUGCACCAUAUAAAAUUCCUCAUGAUCGUUCAUCUACAACUACUUCUUCUAGUUCAUCAUCAUAUAGCGGUGGUCGAUAUCCUCAUAUACCUGAGUUAACAUUACCGACACCUAUUUCGCCUUUAUCAACUCAUGUAUCAACAACUUCUAUCACAUCAAACCAUCCCAUGGGAGCAUCAUCCCGUAAAAUUAAAACGAUACAUGGUCGACCAGAUUUAUAUGAAAUUCCAUCACAACGAUCCAGUUCUAUUACAUCAAGUCAAUCAAAUGUUUCAUCAUCAUCAUCAUCGUCAUCAGGUCACAGUAUACCAUUAAAAAAACGGUUGCUUCAUGCUUAUAAAAAUGAACAACGCCCUUCAUCAUCACUGUGA